AUGUCGACAACUAUUCUAUUGUGGGCAUGGGAGAAAACUCCGCUUCUUACUACUGUGGUUCCGCCCGAAACCCGGUUGCAGCUGUCUCCAGAACUGAAGGAUGUUUCUGUAGAUAGGUCUUCGGAACAAGUGGUACAUGUAGAUAAGGGUGUACCGGCAUUAGCAGAGAGGGAUGCUCAGAAAGAAGAAUUUCGUGCGGGGUUAGGAACUACAGUAGAUUCUGGACAGGACACUCAUAAAAGCGAUGGGCUUAAUAGUGAUCAAGUGACAAAUGGUGUUGAGAACAAUGGCAAAUCCUUAACAUCAAACGUAGAAGAGAGGACGUCAGUUGAUAAAAGACACAGUGAAAAACCAAAGGAGAAGAAUUCAGACCUACAAAAACCAAUAGAUCUUGCUCAUACAAAUAUCUCCACUGGGGGGAAUCGUGAGGAUACAUUGACUACUCAUAAGGAAAAUCCAGGCUGCAAUUAUGCAAAAGGAAAAUGGGUUGUAGGUGAUAAGCCGCCAGUGUAUUCUGGGUUUGGCUGUAAGCAAUGGUUGUCAGGGAUGUGGGCUUGCCGGUUGACACAGCGCACAGAUUUUGCGUAUGAGAUGCUUCGAUGGCAGCCGAAAGAUUGCCAAAUGGAAGAAUUUGAAGGCUCCAAGUUCUUGAAAAGGAUGCAAGACAAAACGCUAGCUUUUGUUGGAGAUUCAUUGGGUCGACAGCAGUUCCAAUCUUUAAUGUGCAUGGUUACAGGUGGUAAUGAGAGAAAUGAUGUCAUAGAUGUGGGGAUGGAGUAUGGGAUAGCCCAAGCACGAGGCGACGUUCGCCCUAAUGGGUGGGCUUAUCGGUUCCCAAGCACUAACACCACCAUCCUCUAUUACUGGUCAGCAAGCCUCUGUGAUGUGCAGCCUAUUAAUGCAACAGACCCAGCCACUGAUUAUGCCAUGCACCUUGAUCGACCACCAGCAUUCUUGGUCCAAUAUCUUCAUAAAUUUGAUGUUAUGGUCCUCAAUACAGGGCACCAUUGGAAUCGUGGGAAGCUCAAAGCUAACCGCUGGGUGAUGUAUGUUGGAGGACAGCCAAACAAGGACAGGAAGAUAGAGAUGAUUUGGAAGGCCAAGAAUCUGACUGUCUACAGUGUUGUUAAUUGGGUGAACUCACAGCUCCCAAAAUAUCCAGGUCUCAAAGUAUUUUACCGAUCCAUCUCACCUAGGCAUUUUGUUGGUGGGGACUGGAAUACUGGAGGAAGCUGUGACAACACCAAUCCCAUGUCAGUAGGAAAGGAAGUUUUGCAAGAUGAGUCUAGUGAUGAAUCUGCUGCCGGCGCAGUGAAAGGAACAGGGGUUAAGAUCUUGGACAUAACAGCUCUAUCCCAGCUUCGGGAUGAGGGUCAUAUAUCCCGCUUCCGUCUCACAGCCAAACCGGGAAUGCAAGAUUGUCUGCAUUGGUGCUUACCUGGUGUUCCUGAUACAUGGAAUGAAAUUCUGUUUAACCAAAUCUAGCCCCAUGCAAUUGAUGCUGAUGAGGCAUGUAUCCAAUACCUCAAAAGGGUUCUGUAGGUCAGGUAGAUGGCCAAAGGCCUCUGUGGUGCUAUCUGAACGCUGUAAAUGAAGCAGAAUCAAUGAAGGGGAGAGACCAGCAACAGAGUUCUGCAUAGAAGUUAGAUGCUGACUUUGGUCAGAUGAGAAGUUACAUACCGUGAACAUUAAGAUUCAUAUGGAUCCAUCAAACGUUUCUAGUUUUCGACUCCCUUCAGUUUUGGAGAUUCUGUUAACCCUUAGAUUGGGGUCGGAGUAAGCACAACAGUAUCUGCCUGAGAACCUGAGUAGAGCAUUAGUAUGCUGCAAGUGAUAGCUUCAAUACAUUGGUUAGAGGGAGAGGACUAGUUUAGUUGUGAAAUUUUGUUCAAAUAUGUACCCCCAUAGUGUCAAUUGUCAAAUAUACAGCUUCUGUUGCUGCAUACUGCCAGAUAGCAAUUGUUAGGGAGAUUGUUUGUUCCUAUAUCAAGCUGAUUGGGCCAUAUUUAGCCG